UCCAUUUACGUUACAUGUGCACGUGAGAUAAUUUAGGUGGAGCUAGUACUCAAGAAAAUUGCUUGAAAUUUUUGGAGUUUUACAGGAGCCGUCGAGCUUGAAAAGAAGUGCAUUGAAGUAAGACUGCAUCCAAAGGUCUGUCAUGGUCCGCAAAUUCCUCAACCAAAACUAUUCUAAGCUGAAGAGGGAUCACCAGAGGCGAGGGGAGCAAUUCACAGACCCGCAGUUUCCUCCUAACGCUCAAUCACUGUUCCACAGUGGAAAGAAUGACUUGGAAAUAACAUGGAAACGACCAGGAGAGAUAUGCUCUAAUCCAAAGCUGAUAGUUGAUGGUCUGGAUCCCAGUGACCUCAAUCAAGGUGCUGUUGGUAACUGCUGGUUUGUCGCUGCCUGCUCUGCACUUGCUUUAGAGCGAAGGCUCUGGAAUAAAGUUGUAGUUGAUGUUAAUGAACAGGAAUGGGAUGCUAAUCACCCUGAGAGGUAUGCCGGGAUCUUUCACUUUCGUUUCUGGCAAUUUGGUGAAUGGGUUGAUGUUGUUAUUGAUGACUGGCUCCCCACUCAAGGUGGUAAGCUGAUAUACAAUAAGAGUAAAAGUGGAAAUGAGUUUUGGAGUGCACUCUUGGAGAAAGCUUAUGCCAAAUUAGCCGGUUCUUAUGAGGCAUUGAGUGGUGGACUCACUGGUGAUGCACUGGUUGAUUUCACUGGAGGAGUGACUGAAACAAUCACUCUACAGUCUGGUGACCUCGCUGAUGAUGAAGAGAAAAGAAAACAACUCUUUGAUGAAUUGAUACGUGCUCAUGAACAUCAUGCAAUGAUGUCGUGCUCUAUUGAAGUUAAAGAAGGCGAAUCACCAGAAACCAAACUUGACUGUGGUCUGGUAAAAGGCCAUGCUUAUACAAUCACUGAUAUUAGGAGGAUGAAGCUUACCAGUGGGCUCAGCUCAUUGUUUGGUAAUAAAGAGAAACUAAUGAUGAUUAAAAUGAGGAAUCCCUGGGGACAGAAGGAAUGGAACGGAGCAUGGAGUGAUGAUUCUGAAGAAUGGAAACGUGUUCCAAAGGGCGAGAAAGACAAGAUGGACCUUAAAGUUGAAGACGAUGGAGAGUUUUGGAUGGAGUUUUCUGAUUGGUUGACCUGGUUCAGUCAUUGCAGUAUUUGUCGUAUAAUCAACACCAGCUCAUUCAGUUUACAGAAGACAUGGCACGAUGCUACCUUUCACGGUGAAUGGAAAGAAAAGACUGCUGGAGGCUGCUUUAACCAUCCAGAUACCUUCACUAAUAAUCCUCAAUAUUUAUUUACUCUUCGUGAGGAAGAGGAGGUAAUGGUUAGUUGCAUGCAGAAAGAUCCACGUAUGUCGAAGAAGGCUAAAACCACUGGAGAGCCUUUACCUAACUUUCCAAUUGGAUUCCAAAUUGUUAAAGUUGAAGAUAACAGGACCUUCCGUAUUCACUCAAUGAACUUCAAAGAGGUCGGGCGUGUGACUUAUAUAAAUCGCCGUAGCAACUUUGGUCGGUUCACGCUGGGUCAGGGACGCUAUGUCAUCAUACCGUCAACAUUUGAGCCGAACCAGGAGAGACAGUUUCUGUUGAGGUUCUUCUCGGAAAGGAACGCUCACCCUGUUGAAUUGAAAAAGGACCACCCCACUCGUGGUUUCUGUGGUACACUGUUCUGUUGUUGUGUCAAGCCUUACCGUGGCCAAGUCAUUGUUCACUUACACAGUGGCCAAGGACUUACUAAACAAGACAUGAGUGGAGCAGGGGCUGAUCCAUACUGUAAGGUUACAUGUGGUGGUAACACUGUAGCGACUUCCAUUAAAAAAGACACUCUUGACCCUGCUUUUGAUACUCAACUUGUCUUCUAUGUAAAGAACCCUGAAGACGCUACUGUUAAAGUACAGAUAUUGAAUCAUGGUAUGAUGAGAGAUAGGUUCAUGGGCCAGGUAUCGACUACACUCCCAGCAGCUGAUGGAGGGAGUGAGAGACGUACCAUGAAACUAAUGGAGAAAGGAAAUGAGGCAGAGACUCAGGGGUCUGUCUCAUUCACUAUCAGUCAUCAUUCUGAUCUAAGAGCUAUUUAAUUUUAAUGCAUUCUUUUUGAUGCUGCUAGACAUUAAUGAACUGCUUUUCUAUACAUUCUUUUUUGAUUUUAUAUUCA